GCUCUACUUACUGUUAUUAUUCUAUAUUUUUAUUUUUUUUUUUUGUUACUAUGUACAACUAUUAUUGUUGUGAAUUUUGUGCUUUUUUGAGCUUUAUAUUUGUAUUUUUAGUUCACUUUAUCUUUUAUGAGUUCGUUGCCUAAUUUAUGCGUACGGCAGCAUAAGUCAACACCCUUUUAAUCUUAUCGUGACAAACCACUAUUUUUAGCAAUCUAGCAAUAUAGUUAAUAGAUUACGAUAAUAAUAUAUUCAAACUAAAUGAAUAAUCCAAACAUUGUUUGUCAGUAGAGUACAAGAGUUCGGCUGAAAAUGAUUGGUCAGCAAAUUGAUGCGAAUCCAACGGAUAAUAUACGAAUUCGUAUUAUAGAGUUGAGUGAUCGUGAUGAUGUGCUUAACUUCCUUCGUAAACAUUUCUACCCAGACGAGCCAUUGACGAUUGGCAGCCAUCCGGAUCCGGAAGAUGAGGAAUUCAAUAUUUCACUAAUAGCGCAUGGAACCUGUUUAAUGGAAGUACAACAGCAAAGUGUUAAUGGUAUUCUAAAAGAACGUAUAGUUGGUGUUGUAUUGUCGGGUCCCAAGUGUAGUGAUGAGGCUGAGCUUUUAUUUAAGGAAGCCGCCCACCUUGGUUCAACCACUUGGGGUAAGAUUGUUGGGAUAUUGGCUCAAGCUGAGCGCGACUCGAACGUCUACGAGCGUUAUAACGUCGAAAGAGCGUUGCACAUGCACGUCGCGGCUGUCGAUGAGAGCUUACGUGGACGUGCGAUCGGAAUGAGAUUAAUGGAGAAGUUGAGAGAGUUGGGUCGUGAGCUAGGGUAUCCACUCAUGACUACGGAUUGCACGAGUUUAUAUUCGGCGAAAGUAUCAGAACGUAUGGGUAUGGAUUGUGUCAAUAUCAUUAAGUAUGCAGAUUACUUGGAUGAGGAGGGUAACGUGGUGUUUAACCCACCGCUGCCACAUGAAUAUAUAAAAACGUUCGCCUUGAGGCUAUGAAUAUUAAGUCUAUCCUAAACUAAAAUGUGUAAUAUAUGUAGGUGAUAAGAA